CGCCAAACUACGGACGCUGCGCUAGUGGACGUAAAGAUAAGGUGAAAGGCACGUAAGUUAAAACCAGGAGAACAUAAGACUUAUGAGAUUUCCUUGAUCACUCACUGACUGGGGAGGUCGCUCUGAUCGGUCCGCUAAUGAUAAUGAAUUGGGUAAUCGGUGCAUGUAAAUGUAAUACUAGAUAAGUCUCUGAACCUUGUUUUCACUAGAAAAACAGCGCACGCCUUCUUCGCGUGACUCCCUCUUCAUAUAUUUCUAUCCUCCUUCCUUCUUCUGCUCUUCCAUCAUGGCAGAACCAUCCUCCAAUGUCACAGUAUCCCUUCUCCCAGUAUCCCUCUCACUAGUACACAUUCCUCGCUCUCGUCUGCCCCAGUUAUUACAUCCUGUCCUAAGGCAGAUCUUGCAGCCAAACCCCACUUUCAUCAAUGUCACCUGCAAUGAGAUUGAACUUAGUCUUUUCGCAGAAUCUCACAUGCUAGCAGAUUUUGAACCCGUUGCCAGGCGAGACAGGCAAAGGCAACGAUCUCGCUCUGGCUCAGGAUCCAGUACAAAGCGUGCCCAGCCUGUAUUACCUCAAGACCACCUUGAAAUAUCCUACGAAAAGUGGAAUGUUCUCCAAAUUGAUUCUCAUUCUGAUCAACUCGACAGCUCCGGAGCCCGUGUACACGAGCUGUCUGCACCGUUAGCUGCAGCUGGAAUUUCUAUCCUAUAUCAAUCCUCUUACUUGAGCGACUUCAUAUUCGUAAAGGAGUCGAGACUCCAGGAGGUCAUGUCUUUGUUGGGAUCAACGGGAUUCGAUCUCUAUUCCUCCGACCCGGAACUACUCACUUCCAGAGUGGUUUCCCCGAUGCUCUCCCCGAUCUCUCCCGAUGACUCUUCCAUCCCCGACGUAGCCCAAGAUAUUACGGUAGAAUCCGGUGCCAUUCUGACCCGCACAAGGAAUAGUCUCGACACCGUUUCUGCUGCUGCUAUUACUUUGCAGUAUAUAAACCUCACGGCGUCACCCGAUGACUCACCAGCAAGCAGUCCGACCCAUCAUAAACCCCCAUCACGUCACAAAUCACACUCCCCGACCUCGGGGGAAGUGCGCGUAUUGACUCCUAACCUCGCUUGUGUUGGCCUUUCUGAUGACAGUGUUGACACAUGGGGACUUAAGAUCGUAAAGCUGGUGGCGUUCCCCGAAUUGAUUCCUGUCAAGGAACAACCCUCACGAUCACGCAAGUCUCAGUCUCGCAACGCCCACCCUACCCACGGAGUUCUGCUAUCGUCGUCAAGUCGAAACCGAUAUCCAGAUUCAUCAGAUUCAUUUUCUUCCUCGAGCGAUGAUGAUGAUGAAGAAGGCUACUUUUCUCACUCUCCUCUCGGGAACUUGUCAUCCACUUCACUCCAGUCCUCCGCCGCUUCUCGGUCCUUUCCAGAUCUAUCAAUUUCUAUCCCUUCACAAACGGGACCUUUCAAACGUCCCGCAAAACACAUUGUUGCUCCACUUGCACCGCUCUCUCCUCUUGAAUCAAAGCCAGCAUCACAUCGUAGACCCACCUUCCAUCAUAUGGACGCAUCAGUUACCAUCAAGAAGCCUGCAGAUGAGACCAUACGUGGCAUGGUCCCAUUUUUCAGCUUCACUCGUACGCAAGAAGGCACCUCUUUAACGACUGAUGUUUCUCUUCUGGCCGCGCUAUUUCCUCCGAAUGAGCGGCAUAUGAUGAUUUGUGCUGGCGAACUUGAUGCUCUUGAUGCACAAAGUUCGAGCACAGAUUCAGACUCCGAGGACGACGAGGACACGGUUUCAUCAGGUGGUGCCCUUAAAUGCUUGCAGAUCGAUCUGCGCAGAUUCGGACUUGAUAAACAUGGCUUGGUGAACCGUUUUUCGCGAGUCUUGGAACAAAAUGGCAUCAACCACAUGUAUAGCUCGACCUAUAAGACGGCUAAUCUACUGGUGCGUAUCAGUGCCUUAAUUAUGUGCUUCGUUGUGACGAACCCUGUCCUCGUCUUCACCACCAAAAUGAUCCAGGCAACGCCCGGUGCCGCCUACAUUUCACACACAUUCAAUCCCUUGUGUCAUACCCAAGGAGUUUAGAACUACUUUACAAAUUUCAUAUUUCCGCAAGCCCCGCUUUGGUUUAGCGUUUAUGGCGAAUGAUACCCCCCUUUCUAUAUCAUUAUGGGUGUCCCAUGCGAUUCCUUUUGGUUUUAAACCCUCAUUUCGCGCGUUGUAACGUAUGUCGCACUCAUCGUCAUCUGCUUGUUAUUUCAUCUCGGGCAUUUACUAACCCAAUGUUCUUUUAUGCAUCCAACCACACAUAC